AUGGCUGUUUGUCCCUGGGCAUUCUUGGGAGGCCUGGACACGGCCUCUGCGCCUCCUUCAACAGCCCCAAAAUCACGCACUUUUGCAUCUAUCCUCGCUAACUCAACAGAGGCUGCUAUAUCUCUCAGCCAACUACCAUCUCCGGUUGUCCGCGGGGAUAAAAUUUAUGUCAAGAUCAAUGAAUCCUUAUAUCAGGAGCAAUUGAAGCAAUUCAAAACCAAUCUUAUUGGUCGUCUUCUUCUACAUAAGGGUUCUAAACCUCUUAAGGCUGAUGCCCUAAAAGGGUUGCUUGCUGCUCUCUGGCAGCCUUCAAAGCCAUGGCGUCUUGUGCCUCUUGGUAAAGGCUACUUUGACAUUCAUUUUGCCACAGAAGACGAUCUGCGUCGGGUAUGGAGUGGAGGUACUUGUACUCUUCCUGAUGGAAUUUUUCGCCUAACUCAGUGGAAACCAGACUUUGUACCAGGAGAUACCUUUCCGCAAACUCAUGCUCAAAUUUGGGUUAGGAUUUAUGGUCUGAGUCAAGAUUAUUGGCACCAACAACAUCUUAUGGAGAUCGCUCGGGGUGUCGGAACUCCAUUGCAAAUUGAUAAAGCCACAAGGGAAAGGCAAUUCGGGUACUUUGCUCGAGUCUUGAUUGAUGUGGAUCUUGCAGGUGACUUACCACCUUCUUUGAUGGUUGAGCGGGAAACUCACUGUUUUCCGAUUGAAGUAGUCUAUGAGAAUGUGUGUACUCAUUGUGGGAGGGUUGGCCACAUGGUGGAUCAAUGCAGGUUCUUGAAGAGCUCUAACAAAGAGCAAAAUGCUCAAGAACAAAAGGCUGUUAAAAAGCCUUCUCGCAUUGGGAGUCAAGAGUAUCGUCCCAAGAGGGCUGUAAACAAUGCUUCUGAGCAAAACUUCCCUCAGGUGCAACACUCCCCUGAGGUUGCAAACCAUGAUCAGAUUACUAAAUUUGCAGAAGAUGUUCUCACUGAGGCCGUUGACCAGGAACUGGAUUGUAUUGCAGAUUUGGUCAUUAACGAAACCAUAGUCAACGGGAAGCCUGGAAGUUGUAGAGGCAACAUGACUCCUCUUAUCAAUAAGAAUAAACUUGCCAUCCUUGCAAACAAGGAAACUGAAGCAGUGGUUGACAUUAUUCCUAAUGAAUUUGCUCUAGUUGUUGGAACAACUAUUUUGGAGGACCCUAAGGUUCAUAUUACUGAUGAGAAUGAUGAAGUUGACAGUGAUAAUGAAAUGUGUGAUGAAGAUGUGAGCUCCAAUAUGGAGCAAAAGGCUUAUAGUAGUGCCCAGCCAAUCAACCCCCUUUCUUCACAUAGUGGUCAGAGUUGGCAUGAUAUGGUGGAAGAGGAAAAUCUGUUUGAUCUGGCAGAUUUAUCUACGGGUCAUGCUCCCCCGGGAUUCGAACAUGUUGCAACUUUAGCCAAGGAUGUUUCAUUAAUUACUGGUCAAGGAGUUAAUGAAGAUACAGAGAAUGGUUUCACACCGGUUCUUUCUAAGUCUCAAAAGAAGAAACAAAGACGACAAGCUACUCAAGCUCUUGCUCGUGAAACUCCUUAUCCAAAGAGGGACAGAACAAAGAAUAAAAAGUACAAUCAAUGA